AUGUACGACCCCGAGGUCGGCUGGCACCUGUCCUUCGCGGGCAGCGGCUUCCUGGGCUUCUACUACUUAGGGGUGAUCCGCUGCAUGAACGAGCGCGCCCCGCACCUCCUCCGGGACGCCCGCAAGUUCUACUGCUCGUCGUCCGGCACGUUGUUCUGCGCCACCCUCCUCGCGGGGAUACCUCUGGACCGGCUUGCCCAGCUCUUCGUGGCCUUUAACCAGCACGCCAGGAGGUAUAACUUUGGGAGCCUUCACCUGUCCUUCAACAUAGCCAACUUCAUCCGGGACCUACUGCACACACAUCUCCCAGCCAACAUCCACCAGCUCGUCUCAGGCAAAAUGUGCGUCUCGCUCACCAGGGUGUCCGACGGGGAGAACGUGCAGGUGUCUGACUUCCAGUCUAAAGACGAAGUCGUGGAUGCCUUGGUCUGUUCCUGCUUCCUCCCCUUCUUCUCUGGCUUCAUCCCCCCUACCUUCAGAGGCGUGGGGAUUGGAGAGAUGUGCGUCCGAGGCUAUCUGGACACCGUCCGCUUCUUGGAAGAGAAGGUGCGCCUCACCAUCCUGCCCUGGGAUGAGAGCAUCCUGGACAUCCUCUCCCCCAGGCUCUUCAUAGUGCUGUGUGAAACCCUCAAGGACAGAGGGGGAUACCUGAGCAGGCUUUGCAACUUUUUCCCGGUCUGGAUGUUGUCCUGCCUGCUGCGGCUCUGUGCCCUGCCUGUGGUGGCCACGAUCGCCGUGGUCCAGAGGCUGGUCAUGUGGCUUCCAGAUAUUCAUGAAGACCUCAAGUGGCUUCAGUGGGCUGUCUCUCACGUCUGUUCUCGAGUGGUGAGGGGUCUACUCCCCACAUCCAGCCGCAAGUACAGGUGUCUGGCUCCGGGUCGCAGUCACACAGAUCCGCUACCCACGUGCCAACAGCUUCGCAGGCGUCAUUGGGCGUUCUGCGCUUGCGCCGACUCGAGGCCGCUGGGCUUCCGGCGUCGGUGGAAGAUCCUGGUCACAGGCUCAGGAGGACCAAUGAACGGAGGUGUCCGAGGCUAA